CGCAGUGCUAAUCGGGCAGGAGUUCGCGGUAGUGACAGUUGCGCCGUUGUGCUUGACGCUUUGGGUGGGAGAGACCGGAAAAACUCGCUCGCUAAGCAUCAAACACAAGAAAUGGCAGCAAUCCGUAAGAAGCUGGUGAUUGUUGGAGAUGGCGCGUGCGGGAAGACGUGCCUCCUCAUCGUCUUCAGUAAGGACCAGUUCCCUGAGGUGUACGUGCCCACCGUGUUCGAAAACUACGUGGCUGACAUCGAGGUGGAUGGCAAACAGGUGGAGCUGGCACUGUGGGAUACAGCAGGACAGGAAGAUUACGAUCGUCUCCGUCCUCUCUCGUACCCCGACACUGACGUCAUCCUCAUGUGUUUCUCCAUCGACAGUCCUGACAGUCUCGAGAACAUUCCAGAGAAGUGGACUCCUGAGGUGAAACAUUUCUGCCCCAAUGUCCCCAUCAUUCUGGUGGGCAACAAGAAGGACCUGCGCAACGACGAACACACUCGCCGUGAGCUAGCCAAGAUGAAGCAGGAGCCAGUGAAGGCGGAGGAGGGCCGCGACAUGGCGAAUCGGAUUUAUGCCUUCGGCUACAUGGAAUGUUCGGCCAAGACGAAGGACGGCGUGCGGGAGGUGUUCGAGAUGGCCACCAGGGCGGCGCUGCAGGCCAGGAAAGGCAAAAAAGGCACCAAAUGCCUCUUACUGUAAAACAAACGGGACUCUGCGCUCAUUAUGCAGGGUGGGAGGGGCUGAACAUAAGCCACACCCCCUUUGGCCUCCCCAGUCAGCCUGCCUGAAAUGACUGUGCUCAACCGUUAAACCGUUUUUUGUUUUUUUAAAUUUACGUCUUUUAAGCGAAACCAUUAACGGCUAGUUAUGGAAGUUUUUGUUUUUUGUCAGUAUUUAAAGCAGCAGAUCAGGAGCUACGCUGUUCUAUUGUACUUUUACACAAACACACACCCCUUAUCAUUAAAUUCGCCAUAUAAAUGCGUGCCGAGUCGACGGUAAAAGGAGAAACGUCGGAGUCGUGUAUUUGCUAAAUGUUCGCAUCAGUGAUGUUUCACUGUGACCGAUAGCCCCUGCAGUUAUUUUGGAUUAUGAAUAUGCAAUGAAGAUGAAAAAAAAAAAGAUCAGGACCAAUGUGCAGUACAGAAAGGACACCAGAGUCUGUGUGUUUUCUGAAAUGCAUACACUUGGACAAGACUUGAAACUUUUUUUUUUGGUUUUUCUUUCUUUCAAAUCAAGCAGAAACCUAAUUUGGUAUCUUUGUGUAUUAAAGAAAAACUUUUUAGGAAA